AUGGCUUGCUGUCCCGUCAACUCUCUCCCCUGCCCCCUCUGUCUUCCUUAUGUUGCGGAGAGGCGGACAAUGCCUAACUCGACACAACUGGUUGUCCAUCUAGCAAGGGACAAAGGGCCAGUCACAAAGGUGUCACGCGUGUUGCACGAGGCGUCAAUAGCAGAGCUGAAGAGGUGCGCCAACCCCCAGUUCCCAACCGUUUGGAUACGCCCAGGUGUGCUAGGGCAGGCUCUCCGUUUUGGUAUCCCUCCGUCUCUUACUCGAGACAAUAUUCGUAAGUGA